AUGGAAACUGGCUACACUGCUCCAGAGAUCUUCACAUUGGUGAUGCAAGGGAUCACCUGUGUCCUCGGCAUCAUGGGCAAUGCGCUUGUCAUCUGGGUGGCUGGAUUCCGGAUGGCACGCACAGUCACCACCUUGUGCUACCUGAACCUGGCCUUAGCCGACUUCUUCUUCAGCGCCAUUCUGCCAUUCUUCAUGGUUGUAAAUGCCAUGAGAGGACAAUGGCCUUAUGGCUGUUUCCUAUGCAAGUUAUUUCACAUUAUGGGUGACACAAACCUGUUUGCAAGUGUCUUCCUCAUUGCUUUCAUUGCUCUGGACCGCUGUAUUUGUGUCCUGCAUCCAGUCUGGGCCCAGAACAACCGCACUCUAAGUCUGGCUAAAAAAGUGAUCAUUGUACCCUGGAUUCUUGCUCUACUCCUUAGCUUGCCAGUUCUCAUCUUCUUUACUACAGUAACGGAUGAGAACGGGGAUAUAUACUGUGAUUUCAACAUUGACUUCUGGGCUGACAUCGGUAAAGAAGAGAAGUUGCAGAGGUACUUUACCUCAGAAGCAAUCAUAGGGAUCAUCCGGUUUGUCAUUGGCUUCACUCUACCGAUGUCCAUCAUCGCCAUCUGCUAUGGGCUCAUUGCAGCCAAAAUCCGAAACAAGGGCAUGAUCAAGUCCCACCAUCCCUUGCGGGUCCUCACUGCUGUGGGAGCUUCCUUUUUCAUUUGCUGGUUCCCCUUGCAACUGUGUCUUCUUCUGAAUAAACUCUGUGCCAGAGCAGUACAUGAAGGAAAGUACAACAUCAUUCGUCUCCUGGUAUAUUUAACAAGCACCCUGGCCUUUUUCAACAGCUGCCUCAACCCAAUGCUCUAUGUCUUCCUGGGGAGAGACUUCCGAAAGAGAAUGAUCCACUCCCUGCCUGCCAUUCUGGAGAGGGCCCUGACUGAGGACUCAGCCCCAACCACUGACACAACCACCAAAUCGGCUUCACCUCCUACAGAGGCCGAAUUACAGGAGAUGUGAGGUGCCUGGGAUCAUUUAUGAGCUUUGCCUGCUCCUGUCCUGCUCCCUCUUCCAGCUUCAUCUUACCUUAGGUCAUACUGAGCGUUAGGUAAAAUUUCCCUGGCCAGGAGACUGUAGAAAGAG